AAAGAAGGAUGCAACUUCAUCUACAAAUACCCUGAUCUUGAACCAUUCUGUAACUUGUGUUCACCCAUUCAAAUCUGACAUUUAUAUUUUUGGCAGAAGGCUCAUUUUCGAGCCCUGGUGUUCAUAUCUUUUUCGAUGGCUGAAACCCUUCUAAAAUUAAGUAGAAAAGUCUUUUAUGUGUUGGGGCUAUUUGGUGUUCUGUUACUGAUUCAGAAAGGUAAUGCUUAUGAAUUCAAGGUAGGAGGUCCAAAAGGCAGUUGGGCAGUUCCUAGUGAUCCUAAUGCAGCCAGCCUCAAUAAGUGGGCAGAGACGAACAGGUUUCAGAUUGGAGACACCCUAUUGUUUGUUUAUCUGGCUGACAAGGACUCUGUCCUACACGUAACAAAGGAUGAUUACACUAAUUGCAACACGGCUGCACCCCUCGAAAAAUUCUCUGAUGGUCACACUGUUUUCAAGUUUAAUCAGUCAGGGCCCUAUUACUUCAUAAGUGGAGUAGCAGAUAACUGCCAGAAAAAUGAAAAACUGUUAGUGGUUGUGAUGGCAGAUAGAAGCAACCAUUAUUCAAAUUCGCACCAAACAACGGCCCCUCCUCCUCCCUCAACAGAGGUGCCCCCUUCUCCAGCACCUACUGGUGAAGGGUUCCCUUCUCCACCACCCUUGGAGGAGGAAAACCCUGCUUUGGCUCCUUCAGAGGAACCUCCACCUCCUCCUCCAAAUGGUGCUUCUGCAAUUUGCUCAACUGUUAUUGGCGUCAUUGGAGCUUUUGUCAGUUCAUCCCUUCUAUAUUUUUGAACUGAAAAUAUACAUCCCAAUUGAUGUUGAUUUCCUUUUCUUACCCGUUUUAAGUUCUUUGGUUUGUUUGUCAAAAGUUUUUCCUUCCUUUCCUUCGUAAAUUCAACCCCUACAGAUUGUUGAUACUGGUUUGAUACAGUUCAGAAAUAAGCCAAUGUGCAAUAUUUGCAUUUAUGUAUUGGUAAUUUGAUCUACAGUGUAAAAAUUAAUAAACAAACUAUAAUAUAUUUUGGGUGAAUACUAAGUUUGAUGUUUUCUGUUCA